AUCCAUAAAUGACGUAGCAAUUUUUGAGUGAUUUUUAACACCCCUUUACCCAUCGUAGCAUUUCGUCACAAAGCUCUAAAUACCGUCCCUGGUAAUUACGUAGCUUGACGGUAACCCUUGCCCCUCCUUGUUUCCGUAAAAAUAAAAAAAAUGAAAAACGAUGUUAGAUGAAACGGGUAAGGUUGUCGUGACAUCAGGUCAACCCCUAUUCCCCAUUAAAAAGCUACGUAGCAUGACAUGACCCUCUACCCCCCUGUCGUCUCAUAUCAUCACACCCCUCCCCCAUAUAAUGCUACGUCAUUUAUGGAUGGUUCCUUACCAUGCAGGAAAGUUCACCCGAGUAGAACGCUUCGUCACUGACGCAGCGACAAAGUUAGGUUUAAAAAAAAUUUCCAACGUUUUUUCCAAGACCGCUUUCUGUUCGGUACUUUGGCUACAUAUUACCUUGAACUUGUUGCUAUUUCGUAAGAAAAAGGUUUCCAAGUCUGCAUUGACAUAAUAAAGGUGUGUCACAUUUCAGAAUAUAUUGGUUAUGCUCACGAUGUCACUUUCACUAAUAUCAAGUUCUUAUUCAUAAAAAGCGACCAGUGACGAAUUAAUUUAUCGGUUUUGCUUUUUAUUGGCACAUUUUCUCAUUUCUAUAAGGGGUCAUGCAUUUUCUGGGGUAGGGGUUGUAUACCAAAUUUGCGACGAAGUGCGACGAGUGAGAGGCUGUCAGCUGAUAUUGACCGUGAUAGUUGAAAUUUUAAAAAAAGUAAAAGUAAAUAAACUGUGAGAAUUUGUGGAAAUCAUAAUGAAAGCAGUGAAGAAUUAUGUGUAUUGGUGGUGAUGUAAGCCAAUUAUGACUAGGAGUCCAUUUCUAAUAGUGAUUUGAAUAUUAACCGCUUGAAUAAUAAAUCAGAGUAAACAUGCAGUCGAAAAAAUAUUUAUAUUAUCUGAUAUUGAUCAUAUGCUCUUCGACUGUUCAGCCUCAGGAUCUCAUCAAGGACAAGAUUGCAGUAGAUAAAAAACUGAAAAUCUGCGUCGUUGAAGGUUCUGGUCUGUACAAGAAAGGAGCCCAAAAUUGCCCAACAUUGGAGGCAAAAUCGGACAUGGAAUGUGUGUUUGGUUUGGACCGCUUGGACUGUUUAAGAAAAAUACAGAAAGGUACGGCACACUUUGCUGUAUUUUCACCAGAAGACUUACUAGCAGCACGAUGGACUGGGGCAGAAAUAUUAGUUACCAGCGAGCUGCGUUUUCACAAUGAGUUUUUCGAAUAUCAAAUUGUUGCGAUAGUUGAUAAUGAAGCCCACAUCAACACAGCAAGAGAGUUGAAAGGUAGCAAAUUCUGUCAUCCUGGCCAUGGAAUUCAGAACCAUUGGACUGAAGUUUUAGCCGAUUACUUUGAAACUAAACUAGUUCCGCGGGAAUGCGAAGACGAUUUGUCUCCUACAGAAUCAAAGAUAAAGGCCGCGGCAAAUUUCUUUGGACCAUCUUGUAAAGCUGGUCCAUGGGUGUCUGACCCAACAGAGGAUCGCAUUUUAAAAAACAAAUACUCUUCAUUAUGUCAGUUAUGCUACAACCCGUAUCAAUGUGGCAUUGGCGAUAAACACUGGGGACGUCGAGGACCACUAUAUUGUCUAACAAGUGGCGCGGGUGAAGUAGCGUGGGUUCGGUUAGAUGAUGUUCGAAGUCAUUUUGGCUUCAGUGGGCUCCCACCGGAGGCGGAUCCAUCAGGAUACAGUUUUCUUUGUCCAGACGGUCAUUUGCAGCCGUUAGAUACUCGGAAACCUUGUGUUUGGCUGGCCAAACCAUGGCCGGUAGUUGCUGCUCAAAGAAAUGUUGCCCUAAUGGUACAGGACAAAGUAGCUGGUCUCACUCACGAUGAUAUACAGAGUUGGCAGAAUGCACUGCUGAUGAUAUUGGAAACAUACCAUGUGAACGUAUCUACCUUAGACAACACUAUACCAGUAGACGAUUACCUGGAUCAAGCGGUAGGAUUUCAAGACGCAUACAGUUUUCCAUCUUGUAAUCCACCUAGAUCAAUACUAUUUUGCACAAAGUCUCUAGUAGAACUUGCCAAAUGUUCGUGGCUGCAGGAGGUAGCUUUGGUAUACGGAGUUGAACCCAACAUACAAUGCAUGCGCUCUGAUACGUUGGACAGUUGUAUGAAAAAUGUGCAGCAUAAAGUUUCAGAUGUAGUUAUUGUAGAUCAAGACACUCGUCUAAGAGCGGAACGCGAUUAUCAACUCAAACCAAUUCUGUAUGAGUAUUCAUCGACACUGGAUGACAAAUAUGUUGUUGUUGCUGUAAUUCGUGCGGGAUCAAAUAUCAAAACGGGUUUUGAUCUCCGAGGAAAAAAGGCAUGCUUUCCAAGCUACGAAGGUUCAGCUUAUUUAUCUGUGCUGGAAUCAUUAAUGAACCAUACAAACUUUAUUGAUGAAUGUACAGAUAUAUCGAGUUACUUUUCUACCCAAUCAUGCAAUUGGAAUAAAAAAUCUAGGUGUUCCGAAGUGUACACCGGAGAAGAGGGCGCACUAAGGUGCUUGUUAGAAGGAAAUGGCGAUGUGGCGUUUAUCAGUUAUGAAACUUUUAAAAAGUUCAAAGGUAAAGAUUUUCAAUGGGCUCGAAAUUACAACCCCGCAGAUUUUGCUCUUUUUUGUCCAUUUAACAAGCCUUUAAAGACAAAAGCAGUUUGUUAUCUAAAUUGGGUACCUCGAGGUCACAUAAUGAUAAGUUCAUCAAUAUCAGAACUACGAGAAAAGGAAAUCUACAAUUCUUUGAGAGAGAUUGAUAGACUGCUCGGGAAAAAACAUCGAAUGACAACGGCUUCGUUUACUUUAUACGGAGCAUUUGAUCGAAAAGCAAAUGUAAUUUUUAGAGAUGGAACAGAAGCUCUUCGCGGUCGCACGGAAUUGUAUCGCGAUAGAAAUUCCGGGCUUCUCGAUACGAUAUAUUCGAGAAUAGCCCAUAAAAACUGCACUCGGAACAGUGCCUAUAGGAUGGCAACGUCAUCAGCAUUAGCCAUCUACGCCAUAUUGAUUUUCAUUUAUUUAAUCCCUUCCUAUUUGUGAUUUGAAGUGACUGAGAAUUUUAAAGUAAGUAGUGGACAACAAUUUGUGAUAUUAUUUAUAUUUAA